CCUCCUCUCCAAUGUGAUUCCCAUAACGUGUACUGAGUCGGGGUUAGUAACAAUCGUGCUAAAGAUUUCAAAUCAUGAGGAGUCAUGAUAUAAGGAUCAAACACAGAAGAUAACAGGGUUAUAAAAUAGGGAGAAGAAAUACCAUGUUCUGUAACUGUGCGGUGCGGUUCUUUAACAACCGAAAAAGAAAGAGCCUCCCAUCGUGCUCCCCCUGCCUGACCCUGAGUAUACAAGACCGGAGCAACUAUAGUUUUAGCCAUUUCCAAAUCCCCCUCCUUUAAGGCUUGUUUCUUUAUUUUUGUCCAACAUCACGUAGAUCAGGAGGGUAUACAGGAGGGUAUAAAUCAGGUACUUUUUCAGGGUCUAUCAGUCCUGGGUCAAAGGGAUCUUCUUCUGGCGGAUGCUCCACUGCAUUGACACUCAGGGGUCUAUAGCACUGUGACUUAGAGGCUGGUAAGGAGAGAGCUAUAGGAGCUUGCGAUUCCUCCUCCUCUCCUUCCUCUGGCUUUUCUUCCUGUGCUUUCUUAGUCUCAAAAAUAACUCUCCAUGAAGAGAGCAGACGGUGGGACUCAGUAUUGCCUUUUGUCGCAAAAUCCCACAAUUUCACCCCUGUGUCAUCCCAAAGUUCCCGCGUAAAAACUGUAGAUGCAGUCACUGCGGGCAUAUUUACUUGCACACAUUUGAGCAUUGCUUUAAGGUCUUGCCCAGAAAUACUUUUCUUAUGUUUAUUAAGAAGACCUUUCAUAAGCUCAUAGAUGUCUCUUUCUGGGGACAAAGUCCGAUUCCCCAUGACGGAUUUCCCACAGCUCACCUCUCAGCUCUGGAGGGAUUUCAGGCCGGCCGGCUCCCGCUCCCUUUCAGCGCUCCAUUCAAAGUUCUGUGGGAUUCGCUGCAAGUCGCUCAGAUAGGCGAUUCGAGAUCCCCUCCACGUCAACUCCUUCACCGGAUCACGUCGGGGUCACCAAUUUGCGGCGAAUGAAAAGAUGGGAUGCAGCUUCAUGCAAGCAAGUUGUCCCUUUAUUAGUGAUUUUCUUACAAUUAUAUACGUUUCUAUCUUCUACAUAUUACACACUGAUUGGCUAAAUCUUAAGCAUAAAAAACACUGAUUGGUUGACAUUUAAGGCACACCGUUAAAACAAUAGGAACUGAUUAGUUUACCUUGUCAUAGCAACAAUUUCUAUUCUAAGAUUAGGGGGUUUCUUCCUACUUGACUUUCUUAAUAAAUAAAGUUCCUUAUCGGCACUAUCCGUUCCCUUAUCUGGCUACUUGUUCCUCUUUGUCCGUCUGGUUGCCGUCUCAACUGCAACGGCUCAAGAGUCUGCAGUUAGCUUGCUCCUUUGUUCCCAGGGCUUGUGCCCUACAAGUUCUAACAUGUCUCUAUUCAUCAGGCUAACAGUACUUGGACUCUUGUCCUUGAGGCCUUGUCCUGCACCCCACUACUGUGGAACAUUAUCAAAAGGUCUUUGAAAAAAGCACAGGUCCAGCAGAGGUGGGAUUCCAGUUAGGGCAUACAAAUACUCGGCAACAGAAGCUGCUGGGGUGAACAUCAGACAUCUGGUGUGUAAAAGCCCUGCCAGAUGGUAUGUAAAAGGUGAUUUGCACAUGUGGCUCAUAUGGUUAGUUUCCAUGCCAUCGUCUUGGCAGCUGUACUGCCGUCAUUUGGUGUUGUCUCACAAAGUUUUAUUGCUGCAAGGAUAUCCCUGAAUGAUCUCGUGACACCCUAUUGCUGCUGGUGUUACCUCUGUUCUUAUUAAUGUGACUCUGCUUUCCCUGAAUGGCAUCCUUCUGUGUAUACACUGAGCUGUGUACCUGGUUGCAUUUUUUUAUUUUUUUUUUAACUGAACAAGGCUGUUUCCUUUAGUGCUUUCUAGAAACUCCUAGGUCUUGUGCAGAUUAUGCUUUGACUUCAAACUACUGUUACAGAAUGGAAUUUCCUAGGCUUCCCCCCCAUUCCUUUUGUUUCCUUUUUGUUACUAUCCUUCUGUAUUUUUAGACAUUUUUAUGAAUGCAGGGUUUCCAGCGAUUUUAACAGGAGUCUGGCAUGAGUAGAGGCAAUAGGGUAACAGCCAACAGAGCUUUCUAGUAACUUUUAUUGUAACCUGUAGGUUGCAUCUCCAUUGGAGGUUGUUAUGUGAUUUUUCCAAAUGGCUAGCUAUUAGCUGUCACUUCAAAUAUUUCUUAAUGUUUUUUUCCUCUCAGAAAUCUAAUUUUUCCUGUGUCUGUUGAGCUUCCUGUCCUGCUGUUGGUACAGUUUUGCUCAACAGUAUUUAUCUUGUUCUUGCAAUUCGUGGGUUUAGCAAAAGAAAAAUCUGUUUUCCAAACAUCUCCAGUAAUCAUAAUUGUCAAAUGAGACCUGCAGUAACCAACCGUCUCUCUCUGACUUUCUGCAAAGGUGUGCAUGCAAAAGUGUGUACACACACACAUGCACACACGUGUAUGUGUGUGUCAAAACAGCCUCUUUGGCAAAGCAGCAGCAGGACUUCUGACAAUUAGUAAGAGCAGUUCCAUCCAGUAUAUAAUGAAAGGGUAGGGGAAAAAAAAAGCUCCUGAUCCUAAACAGAUGUUUGUUUCAUAGGGUUCACUGUUACCAGUUUAGUAUGAUUUAGCAGUUCUGAGCUGCCGUUGCUAAUUAUUUGUGAUAUAAAAGAACAUAACAAUUCAAUUCAUGUAAAGAAUAUAUUUUAUUUCUGAAAACAAAUACACUCAUUUUUAAAAGUAAACUUCAAAAUUAUUAUAAAAGGGAAGUCAUUAGAAUAAAUAGCAUCUUUUUAUUUCAGCUUAUUAAUCAGUGUCAUAGUGAGGAAGGUUGAUCUCUUUAGCUGUGUAAACGCAAACUCUCAACAUUCUUAUUUUAGACCUUGAAACUGUGAUGAGAUAUUCCAGGCUGCACAAUGGAACUGAAAUAAAACCCUAGCUGAUUAGUUUUACAACUUGCUGUGUGAUUAGUGUGACCUCUUGUGUUAAACACGGGAAUAUUCAUUUGUUUAUUUGCAUAAUGAAACAAUCCAGCAAGUAAAUGAAACAUCCAAAACAGUAACAGCACUGUCCUUGCCAUUUCUACAAAUAAACAGGAUAGCAGCAGUAAAGGUAUUAAAAUUGGGACAUGUUAAUUUUUAUAUAUGAAACAGAAAAAUUAACACAAUCAUUUUCCCAUAUAGAAUACAGCUAUGAUACAUUUUAGUCUACCAAGACUCUAAAAAGAUGAAUUUUUUCUUCACAAUUCUAACAGAACCUUGCCUGACCGAAGUAGAUGAAAUUACAGGACAGAGCCUUGGUGACUUCUAAAUAAAACAUGAAGAUUUACAAAUUUCUUAAAAAGCCUUUCAUGGUAAAGUAGGAAAUUUAUCUUCUGUUAAGGAGAACACUUAAAAAGAAAGUAUCUUUAAGCAAACAUUAAGGAUACAGCAUGAGCCGAAAAAGAAAGAUGAAACCUAGGCCUAUCUAAAUCUUUAACUAGUUCACAAAACAUUCAUUUGGACCGCAUGCUUGUGCAGGACAUUUAUUUACAUAGGGAUAAAAGCCUGGGUUCCCUCAGGUUUUCAUUUUCUAAGAUCCAUAUGAUUCACAUCUGUUUGAAAACACAGGUAGAAUAGGACCAGUGACAAAGAAUUAUGGUACUGUGCUUUUCAAACAAACAAUGGAAGAUCUGAAACUGUGUUAAACAGCCUGUUCAUUCUUAAAAAUAAAAGCAGCUUUUUUUUCUUGGUCUUUGGUGCUUAGGGGAAUUGAGUUCAAUGGGAAGCAUCCAAAUACACUUUAGCAUAAUUUAAAAACACAGAGUGAUCUAUUUGGAAAGUGCUUUAUCUUGCUUCAUGCAAGAAUGUGUGUAUGGAUUUUUAUUCAAAACUUGGUUGUUAAAUUGCGAAUUAUCACAAGGCAUGAUGAUAUGUAUCACAUAUACUCCUAUUUACGGGUGCUUUUUCCAAAAUAACCUAUGCUGUGUAGACAUACUCAGGAAUUUUUAAUUUUUGGUCACUGUCUAAAUCUCUCUCUAUUGGACAACUAUGAUGUUUACUGCAUUAGUGAGGGUUGUUUGAUUGUGCAUACACAAUCCCAGUUUGCUUUAAAAGGUACACCUCGGUUAGAAAUGAAGGCAUUGAAAUUUCAUAGCAGAGGAUAUUUAAAAACUUCGCUGAUGACAGUGCCUCACUCAUAUAUCUAAAAUGCAAGCCACGCAAGGGUGUAGACUUUCAAAGGAAACUGAAUGUCGUGAGACACAGAAAUUAUAAGGAGGUGGCUUUUGUCCUAGAAAGGCUUGGUGAAUUUUCUCUUUUAACAUUAGUGAGAAGCUGAAGAUGUAAGGAAACCUCUCAAACACUCUGAUUCAGCAGUUGAUUUUUCAAGCGGCAAAGACGGUGCUGCCUGACUUGGGGUUGGGGGGGGCAUAAAAAAAAAAUAAACCUCUCUUAUAAUCUCACCUAGGUGACAAGAACGGCACAGCUGUAACAAGGUAAAACACUUACCAUUUUCACGAUUAUUCGCUAUAAAGAAUUUCCCCUUAAAUAUGCGGCAGAAAAGAGACUUUACCUGGAGCAGGCGUUACUCUGCCAAAGGCAGCGGUGGGAAUGAAUUAUUCAGCGAGAGUUUGGGAGGGAAAGGAAGGGGAAGAGGCCAAAUGGUAGCAGGCGACCAGCUGAAGGACUGGGCUGGCGCUGUGUGCCAGGGAGCCGGCGCCGGAGGGGCGCGCAGCUGCUCGGCGACACGGAUCCCCUCGCACGGUAACGCUCCCGCCGACCCCCCGGCGAGGGCCUCCAGCCCCGGAACCGCCGCCGCGGGGCGGCCUCCCACCGCGGCGGCCGGCUGACCGCGCUCCCGCCGAGGGAAGCAGCGGCCGACAGAAGCCGUCGUGUGUCCCCCCACCCCCGUUCGCGACAGGCCCGGGAUGGGCCGGGGAGGGCCCCCCGCCAACCGGCCGCGGCCUCCGCCGCUCGCCCCCGGCGGCCCGCGGCGGGCAGGGCCCCAGGCGGCGGCGCGGGCCCGCCGGGGCGGCGGAGGGGAGCGGGCGCGACGCUGUGUUUUGCAGGGCGGCGACGGCGGGCGGGAGGCGCUGCUGGACAGCUCCGGAGCGCGGCGCGGCGCCCAUGUUCCGGAGACGGCGCAGAUGUGACGUGAUGCCCGUUGUUUUGGUCCGCCCGACCAAUCGGACGCGGCGGCUGGAUUCUACGGGAGCCGGGAUGGGCCCUUCGUGGCGGCAGCAGGACUCUCCCCUGCCGACCAUAACGCAUUGCGCAGGGUGCACCACCGCCCGGUCCUCCUGCGGCUUUAACGGCCCCGGCAUGGACGCGCCGCGGCAGUUCCCGGCGGGCUUCGGCCCCGAGCAGCAGCAACAGCAGCAGCGGCCGCCGCCGCACUGCCAGCAGCAGCAGCACGGCCAAGACAAGCAGAGCCUCCAGCAGCAGCAGCAGAGCCCAUGCCUCCAGUGCAACAACUGCGCCUACUACGGGGCUGCUGCGGCAGCCGCGGGGGAUAACCUGCCCCUGCUGCUCCGCGCCUCCUCGCCCCUCUCGGGCGCCUUCCGGACUCACUCCUCCCCACUUUCCUCCGCCGCCUCCUCCCGGCAGGGCAGCCAGCUGAACGUCAGCGAGCUCACCCCCUCCAGCCAUGCCGGCGCGUCCAGGCAGCCUCACCAGUACCCUCAGUACCACCAGUGCCACAGCCUGCAGCAGCAGCAGGCAGCGAGCCCCAGCAGCAGUGUCAGCAGCGGCAGCACCCACCACCACCACCACCACCAUCACCACCACCACCAUCACCAGCAGCAGCAGCAGCGCCGGGAGAGCAACCCCUUCACCGAAAUAGCCAUGAGCAGCUGCAGGUACAACGGCGGCGUCAUGCGGCCGCUCAGCAACCUGAGCUCGUCCCGCAGGAACCUGCACGAGCUGGAGCCCGAGUCGCAGCCGCUCCAGCCGCCGCUCGCCAGCCCCGCCGCCGCCGGCACCCCCGCCGCCCCGGAGAUCGUGGUCUCCAAGCCCGAGCACAACAACUCCAACAACCUGGCGCUCUAUGGCCCCGCCGGCACCGGCACCGGCCCCGGCCCGGGCAGCGCCAACAACGGCGGGGGCAAGUCCACCAAGAAGAAGAACCAGAACAUCGGCUACAAGCUGGGGCACCGCCGGGCGCUCUUCGAGAAGCGCAAGCGCCUCAGCGACUACGCGCUCAUCUUCGGCAUGUUCGGCAUCGUCGUCAUGGUCAUCGAGACCGAGCUCUCCUGGGGCGCCUACACCAAGGAGUCGCUGUAUUCCCUCGCUCUGAAAUGCCUUAUUAGCCUCUCCACUAUCAUCCUGCUCGGGCUCAUCAUCGUGUACCAUGCAAGGGAGAUCCAGUUGUUCAUGGUGGACAAUGGAGCAGAUGACUGGAGAAUAGCCAUGACUUAUGAGCGUAUUUUCUUUAUCUGCUUGGAAAUACUGGUGUGUGCUAUCCAUCCCAUACCUGGGAACUAUACGUUCACAUGGACAGCCCGGCUCGCCUUUUCUUAUGCUCCAUCCACAACAACAGCUGAUGUGGAUAUUAUUUUAUCUAUACCAAUGUUCUUAAGACUAUAUCUUAUUGCCAGAGUUAUGCUUUUGCAUAGCAAACUUUUCACUGAUGCCUCAUCUAGAAGCAUUGGAGCAUUAAAUAAGAUAAACUUCAAUACUCGUUUUGUUAUGAAGACUCUAAUGACAAUAUGUCCAGGAACUGUACUGUUGGUUUUUAGUAUCUCAUUAUGGAUAAUUGCUGCAUGGACUGUCCGAGCUUGUGAAAGGUACCAUGAUCAACAGGAUGUUACUAGCAACUUCCUCGGAGCAAUGUGGUUGAUUUCAAUAACCUUUCUAUCCAUUGGGUAUGGUGACAUGGUACCUAAUACAUACUGUGGGAAAGGAGUCUGUUUACUCACUGGAAUCAUGGGUGCUGGGUGCACUGCACUGGUGGUAGCUGUGGUGGCAAGGAAGUUAGAACUUACCAAAGCUGAAAAACAUGUGCAUAAUUUCAUGAUGGACACCCAGCUAACUAAAAGAGUGAAAAAUGCAGCGGCCAAUGUACUCAGGGAAACAUGGUUAAUUUAUAAAAACACAAAGCUGGUUAAAAAGAUAGACCAUGCGAAAGUAAGGAAACAUCAACGCAAAUUCUUGCAAGCUAUUCAUCAAUUAAGAAGUGUAAAAAUGGAACAAAGGAAACUGAACGAUCAAGCCAACACUUUGGUGGACCUGGCAAAGACUCAAAACAUCAUGUAUGACAUGAUUUCUGACUUAAAUGAAAGAAGCGAAGAUUUUGAGAAGAGAAUUGUCACUCUAGAAACUAAACUGGAAACGUUAAUCGGUAGCAUUCAAGCUCUCCCUGGACUGAUUAGCCAGACAAUCAGCCAGCAACAGAGGGAUUUCCUUGAGGCUCAGAUACAAAAUUAUGAUAAGCAUGUUGCCUACAGUGCUGAACGAUCACGAUCUUUGUCAAGAAGAAGGAGAUCAUCCUCCACAGCACCACCAACUUCAUCAGAGAGUAGCUAGAAGAGAAUAAGUUAACCACAAAAUAAAAACUUUUUGCCAUCAUAUGGUCAAUAUUUUAGCUUUUAUUGUAAAGCCCUAUCGUUCUAACCAGUGUUAUCUGGGUUCUGAUGUCAGAAUCCUGGAAACCUGAUCACAUUUUAGGCCAAAAUGGUGAAAAAGUUCUUUUUUUCCCCCUCCUCCUCUCAGAUGCACAGUGAAUGCACCUAUUAUUGCUACAUUAGAUUGUUCCUCCUGUAAUUUCACUAACUUUUUAUUCAUGCACUUCAAACUAACUUUACUACUGCAGUAUAUAAUAUAAUAAAAAGGUUAAUUUCUGCACAUAGUUGCUCGGUUACUUGGACUUAACUAAAAAAAAAAGCUCACAAUCAAAAGGCCUAAUUAUAAACUUUUAGGAAACAAAAUUGAAGCUUAAUUAUUUCUCACUAUGAAAACUAAUUCUCUAAACUUUGCUUGCAGUGGAGGGGGAAAAAAAUCAAUGUUCAUCUAACAGUGUGCUGUAUAUGUAUAGUCAUUUUAAAAGGUCACUGACAGCUUCAAUUUCUAAAGUGAAUAAUUAAAAAUAUAGUUUAUCCUAGAAAACAAGUUAUAAAGUAUGAUACGGGUUUUUUAAAUCUUCUUGGGGCUUUUGUUUAACAUGUGUUUGUAUACACAUACAUAGAUAACAUAUAUACAUAUAUACCUAUGUAUAUAAAAUUAUUUAUGCAGUGCCCAUGGCAAAGAUCUUUUAAACUGACUAUUUGUAAAGCUACUGGCAUGCCCAAAGCACAGGUAAAGUCCCGUUCAUUUAUUCAGAGUCUCAAAGUUACGCCAGGUAAGGAUGUCCAGAUGGAAGCAUCACUUUCAAGCUGGAAGUCUCCCAUUAAUGAUGAUUGGGUUUUGAAAGUCUUGGGUUGCUACUCUUUCUCCAGUCCCUUUUUGGUGUUUCGUGUUUCUGGAGUGAAUGACUGGCACACAGGGUUGUGGUGUACACAAUUGUGUGAUGGCAGCAGUGUUCUGUAUAUACUACGUUUGGGUAUUCCCCAUGAUUUCUGCUAUGCAGUCAAGCGUAGCAAGACACUUUUAGCAAUAUUUCCCAAAACUGUUGUAAAAAAACCUGCUGUAGAUUACAAUUAUGGCAGUGGGGUAUCUGUGGUA